AUGAGCACCCUGGACGCGUUGUCUUUUACCCAGCAAGCCUGGGAGCAGGUGUUAGCCAAAGCAAAGCGGGCGCUGGUUUACCUGGACGCCGCCUGCGCCGAGAGCCUGCACUGGAGCUGUGGCUCGGGGCGGCUGCUCCAGGCAGUAGGGGGUCCUGUGUGUGACCUGCUGGAGUUUGGACCGCAGGCGGUGGGAGGGGGACCGGGACAGCCCAAAGCCGUGUUCGUGCUGAGCUGUCUGCUCAAGGGCCGAACUGUGGAGACCCUGAGGGACAUUCUCGGACGGAGCCAUUUCCAGUACUGCGUGGUGGUCACGGCCGUAGGCCACCCCGCCCACCUUACUGCCAGCCACCUGCCGGCCGGGGCAAUGGCUGAAUUGGAAGGGCAGCAGCCUGUGUUCGAGCAACUGGAGGAGAAGCUGUGUGAAUGGAUGGGCAACAUGAAGUACACGGCCGAGGUACUGCAUGCCCCUCUGCUGCUCGCCCCGGUUGCUCCCCAUCUGGCUUUAACCCCGGCCUUCGCCUCCCUCUUCCCUCUUCUACCCCGAGAUCUGAAAUUCUUGAACAGCGCCCGGCCUGACAAGAAGAAGCUGGGAAGCUUGGCUGAGGUGGACGCCUCUACCUUAACCCCUGAGCUCCUCCUGCAAAUCAGAUGCCUAGUGUCCAGCCUCAGCGCCUUUUGUGAAUAUCUCGGCGUACGAGAGGAAUGUUUUUCUGUUGGGACCUUUAGCCGCAUCAUCGCGGCAGACCUAGCCAACUAUGCACCUGCCAAGAACAGGAGAAAAGCCGCAGCGGGCAGGGCAUCUGUGGUCUUUGUGGACCGGACUUUGGAUCUUACAGGAGCAGUUGGACACCAUGGAGACAACUUAGUAGAGAAGAUGAUUUCAUUUCUUCCCAAACUUCCAGGCCACACAAAUGAUGUGAUGGUUAAUAUGGUAGAACUCACUGCACUCCAGACAAAGGAAGAGAAUUAUACUGUAAUAGCACCUGGCUGCUUAGCCCAGUCCAGUGACAUACCAGCCAAAGCCCUCUGGGAGUCUUUAUUGACCACCAAGCACAAAGAAGCUCUGAUGGAAGUUAGGAGACACCUGGUGGAAGCAGCAAGUAGAGAGAACCUGCCCAUCAAAAUGAGCAUGGGACGAGUUACUCCUGGGCAGCUCACCUCCUAUAUCCAGCUUUUCAAAAAAAACUUCAGAGCCAUGGAAAGUCACUGUGGUCUUCUGCAACUUGGACUGGCCACAGUCCAAACCUUGAAGCAUCCCCAGUUAGCCAAGUGGGAUAAUUUUCUGGCUUUUGAAAGGCUGCUUCUCCAGAGUAUUGGGGAAUCAUCAAUGUCCAGUGUGCUGAAUCAGUUGUUGCCCAUAAUCAAGACUUUUAGCCAGCGCACCAAUGAUGACUACAACCCAGAAGACCUUUUGAUCUUGCUAGUGUACAUUUAUUCAGUUGUUGGAGAAAUCCCAACUGGCAAAAACUUGGAUGCAGCUGAAGAAAUGGUGAAGGUAGCACUAUCUAUGGCUUUCUCUGAAGAACCCAAGUUGUCUCCUUUGCUGCAGAAAAUUUUAGGCUGUGAACCUGAAAUUAACCUGACAUUUCAGAAGGCCAGAAUUGCUGUAGAUGAGCUCUUUGAGUUACUUCAUGAUAUCACUGCAGCCCGAAGUCUCAUGAAACAGUUUAAGUCUGUGUAUAUCCCUGGAAACCACACCCAUCAGGCUACCUAUAAGCCAUUGCUGAAGCAGGUUGUGGAGGAGAUCUUUAAUCCAGAGAGACCAGAUCCUGUUGAUAUUGAACCCAUGUCCUCAGGCCUCACUGACCUUCUUAAAACUGGAUUCAGCAUGUUCAUGAAGGUAAAGCAGCCGUGUCCCAGAAGUGCUAAAGUGGGUGUCUGUGUUGGAAAAUAUUCUGGGACCCAUUGGACCCACUUAUUGCUUGCGUCUCCCCCACUGAAGCAAACUCUGGAAGAAGGGCUUAUGAGGAAAUGCCCCAGUGGCUUAGAACUGAUCUCCAAGAGAGGUUUCCAAGUCAUUGUGCUGUCCACGCGACUCCUAAAACCACUUAACAUUCCGGAGCUGUUAUUUGCAACUGAUCGACUUCAUCCAGACAUUGGCAUCUGAGCCAGAUACAUCAGCUAAGAAGAUAAGCCUUCGCCAGGCUGGAAAUACCUGUACUAUUGUCUGGCACCAGUUGAGAUAUGUCUCCCAAACUGAGCUGCCCUGUUACUAAUUGUAGGUAUAAUUGAAUUGGGCCCUGGAGGGCCCUGAUAAGUAGGGGGGGAGGGGAUGUGCUUUACUUGGAUUGUACCAGUUUUAAAAAAAGAAAAAAGACCAUUUUCUGUUUC